CCUUUCAGUGUACCUCUAUUGUUCGUCGCGAGCGCCCGCGCAGUCGGCCGAGUACUGCUCGCGUGUGGUCACACUGCUGCACGGCAGUGUCGCCACUGUAGUCGGGCUACAGCAGUGCGGCGUCAGCAGCCUAAGUUUGAAUCGGUUUGUGGGUAAAACUCUCAGUCGCCAUUAUGCCCUGAUGCUCUGGUCGUGGGGCUACUUCGCAUUCGACCUGAUGUGGUGUGUGGUCUCCUGGACUGAAAGCGCCCUCAUGCUUUGCCACCACUGCUGCGCUCUCGCGGCCAUCACCAUGUACAUGAACAAGCCAUACUCGGGCUGCACGUUCGGCUGUUCCAUAGCCAUGCUUGAAUGCACAAACCCGCUGUUGCAAACUCGAUGGCUACUCAGGAAUGAAGGCCAGGACACCACCAAACUGUACUACACUAUAGAAAUCUUAUACCUAGUGGCGUUUAUAAUGAUACGUGGCGUAAUAGGCAGCUAUGCUGUAUACAAAAUACUGAAAUCUGACAUGUUUGCUACUGAUGAGAAAGCAAUGGCCGUCAUAUUCUAUGUUGUAUCCAUACUUUUCAUCCAUGAGAUCUUAGGAUAUAUUAGCUACAAGUACAAACAAAAAGUUCAAGAGUACAGAGAAAACACAAUCAAUUACAUAAGUACAAAGAUAAAUUAUUUAUUUGGAAGAAACUGAAAUGCCUGUCUUUACAUCAUAUUAUUAUGUAGCCACAGAAUAUGGCCACUAUAAAAUUACAUCUAUCCAUGCUUAUGUAAUAUACUUAAAAAUAAAUCAUAAUUAAAAUGUUUUAAACUCA